CUUCUGAAGAACUGGUUUCUCCGGCCACUGGCCCUUGACCGUCUCUCCUGGGGCCAUGGGUCUGGGCGAUGCCUCCUGAGCCAGUGGCCGCUAGGGCAGAGCUUGAAGGGACUGUGACUUCCAUGUUGUCCUUCUGAAGAACUGGUUUCUAUUUGAGAUUAGAGUUAUCAUUUGUGUCAUCGGGAAAGGGCCAAAGUAGCUCAGUCCCUGCCCCAAAGCCUGAGACCCUUAACGAUGCCCCUGGGGGCUGAAUUCCAGGACUGGGAAGUCAGUCUGAGGACUUUCCUGGCCCAGCAGCUGCAGCCUGUUGACAGCAGGUGGCGCUGCCUCCCCGCAGACGCAGCCAGGCAGUCCUUGGCCUGCUAGACGUCCUGCUUCCUGGACGGGAAACUGGGGUCCCCUGAGCCUUCCCUCCUCCUUCACCGUCUACAACCUUGAGCUCCCAUCCUGGGGUGGAAGUCACAGCAAAGAGCCCUGGGGCUGAGCGGGCACCUGCAUCCUCCCGUCCCCAAGGCCACCUGGAGGAGCCUCCCCUAAGCGGGUGAGAGUCCCCACCUCCUGUCAUUCUGCGGAGGGUGGGCUUGGGACCAGGAGGCCCUGCAGAGGUUGACAGGGCUGCCUGGCGUGUGGAAAGCCGCCAACGGCCUGUGCUGGCCAGAGUGGGUUCUGGGACGCCUCCGCCUCACACAGCCAUGACAGGAUGCUGCGUGGAUGCUGCAGUUGGUCAGAUGCCGCGGUCCCAGCACAUCGCACUCCGCAGACCCGUUCUUGGCUGCUGCACCCCACCCUGUGGCACAAGGGCUAUGACAUGCACAGGGCAGGACUGGCGUGUGGGCACCGGCAGUGGCCAGUGCUCAGCUCUCUCCCGCUGCCCCACCAGGUGGCCCUGGCUCCUCAGCGUCCCCUGGCUGGGGCACCGCACACCCACUGUGUGCUAGCACUGGAGCUACCCGUGGAGGUGAUUCUGGAUCCAGCCUGUACCUUGAACAGCAGGGCAGCUUCUGCAGAGCUUCACCCCACUGACAAGCCCUGGCCCACAGCACCCUGGGGAAGCCACAGAGGGCCGAGCCGUCCGCCUGCAGCAUGGGCGCCCAAAAUGGCAGACUGGGUGCUGGCUGAGGGGGCAGUUCCGCCCGCCGGCCGAUCAGCCCUUCCGGGUUGCCCGGAGCCUGGAAGGUCAGACUUUCCCUCUCACCCUCAGAUCUGGCAGAUCUGGCCUGGACUGAGCCGGGCCUGGUCCCCAGGGACCCUGGGCCCGUUUCCCCAUACAAGUUCUCGGGAUUCUGCCACCCGCCCAGCCAGCCGUAACGUGGGAGACACUGCUGAAAGGAAAACACGGCCGGAGACAGCUGUGAGCUUGGGACAUUCAUUGCCUGGGCCAGAUUAUUGAUAAUUUUGAUGUAACAGCAUUGGAGAAAAUGUCCCCACGUCCAAAAUGUCAGCUCUGACAAGACA